UAUCAGUUUGAGGUCAGCCGCGACGCCAGGGCUUUUUUGUGCCCACCCUUUGCACAUAGCCAGAAACCGCCUUCAGAUGAUGCUAGCUUCUUAAUGUCACAUAAAGAUGCCGGAAACAAGGGCCACCAAGGCAGCGAGGCUCGCAGCGACUCAAGCGGGGGCGGGAUGCCACCUGUCAGGCGAUGGACCCUCGGCUGCCCAAACGCGUCCGGCGCCGCUGGGCGCUCUGUCAGUUCUGGGCCAGGACGCACAGAGCAGUCUGAUGUCGGCUCUACGCAGCAGCGGCGUGCUGAAAGUGUUCCGCGCAGUCUCGAAGGACGCCCGCGACUUCGUCGACCACAACCUCAGGACGCUCCGCUUCACGCUGCGAAUCGCGGACUACACCCCCGCAGCCGCUGCCGCCCCAAGCAGCUGUGGAGUCAGUGGUACUAGCAGCAGCAGCAACAGUGGCCGGGGCCUGGCGGCAGGUCGCGAGGCGCGCGCGGCCCGGCGGGGGCUGCUGCUGGGCGGUUGGCGGCGGCUGCUCGAACGCUGCCCCUUCGUCACCACCGUUCGCGUCACCAUACACGUGCAAAUCCGGCCGCCGCGCCCCGAGCUCUUCCGCAGCCGCAGUGGGCGUCGCGCAGACGGCGGGCUGGUCGCCGCGGCCGCCGCAGCCGCCGCAGCUGCUACUGCCGCCGCAGCCACCGCCGUGACGUCGACGCUAGCGGCGGCGCUGAUGCCGCAAGAGCCUCGCGUGGUUGGCUCUGGCUCCGGCGCCGCCGCAGCGGUGACUCCGGCAGGUAUGCGUGUGACAUCGCUGACUCUGAAGCUGACGCCGACGGGGCCGGAUGGCCUUAACGUCACCCACGGUGCCCGGGCAGCGGGACCACCCCUCCCGCGCACCGUGGUCCCGCUGACUCCCGUGUUCGCCGCCACCAUCGCCUGCUCAUUUCCGCAUCUCAGCUCGCUGUCUUUCGUGGGCCUAUGGCGUCUUCCUCCGGCGCCGCCAGCAUCAGGGUUGGCACUGCCGGCAGGCGACGCAGCGGACGCAGCCGCGGCCGCCACGCAGCCGCAGCCUCGCGACCCUCAGCGGGAGGUGUACGCCGCAUUGGCGCGGCUGCGGCGGCUGCGGCGGCUGCACAUGGGCACCUAUGACGGGCUGCAGCACAUACGGCUGCUGGCGGAGCCACUGCCGGCAGCGGAGACCGUGGCGGCGGCGGAUCCACUGGCGGCGCCGGCGGCGACGGAGCCAAUGGCGGCACCGCCAUUGGAAGAGCUGGAGUUGGGCGACCAGUUCGACGUUGACAGCCGCGGCGCUGACGUGGCGCUGCUGCUGGCGGAGGCGGAGGCGCUGGCAACGCUGCCGCACCUGUGGCGGCUGCGGCUGUACGAGCAGGCCCGCACGUGCAUCAGCCUGGGCGUAUUGCUCGGCGGGCGGCUGCCGCCGCGGCUGCGGGUGCUGGAGCUGGGGGCGCCCGCAGACCACUGGCCGUUGCUGGGCGAGUGCUGGUGCCGGCUUGACAAGGUGGUGGCGGGCGAGGAGGAGGAAGAGGAGGAGUAUGAGGAGGAGCUGGUGAGAGGGACGGCACGGCAGGAGCAGCAGGCCUGGGAGAGGCGGCGCGGCCGGCGAGCUGCUGCCCGGGCGUGGAGCGAGGGAGGCGGUGGAGGCGGAGAGGUCGGCCCCGUGUGGGACAUGCAGUGGAACUACCACACAGGCAUUGUGCUCGCCUCCACCUGCGCCGCGCUGGCGCGCUCCGGCGCCGUGCUCCGCCGCGUGCACUGCCCCUGCCUGCUACUGCGACACGAGGCGCCGAUGCCAGGCGCACUGCUUGAGCCGCUAGAAGAGGUGCUGGGCGGCGCCGCGUCUUUGAGCGUGGCUCAUGCCCACCUCAUCGCCUCCCAAGGAGCAGGAGCAGGAGGACAGGGCACUAGCGCGGUAGGCCUGGCGGAGGCGCUGAACCGCGCGGCGGUGUUGCUGGGGCCGCCGGCAACGCUGCAUUUCCACGCGCCCUGCACCGGCCCGCAGCUGCGGCGGCUGUUUGGCUUGGGAGCAGAAGUGCGGGAGGCUGGGGACCAGGACCAUGGAGGAGCAGGAGCAGGAGCAGGGGCAGGAGCAGGGGCAGGGGCAGGAGCAGGAGCAGGAGCAGGAGCAGGAGCAGGAGCAGGAGCAGGAGCAGGAGCAGGAGAAGGCGCAGGAGCAGGAGCAGGAGCAGGGGCAGGGGCAGGCGCAGGGGCAGGAGCAGGCGCAGGCGCAGGCGCAGGCGCAGGCGCAGGGGCAGCUGACCCUGCUGCUGAUGAGGAGGGUGCGUUGGGGGCGGCGGUGCGAGCUGGAAUCACGGACAUACGGUUCUACCAGGUGCCGGGCCUCACGCCUACCUUGCUGGUCGCCAUCCUAGGCCGCCUGCCUGCCGUCACCCAUGUCAUGGCCUCCGCCAGGGGCUGUCGCGGCCUCAGCACCGCCGCGCACUGCCGCGAGCUGGUGCGCCGGCUGGUGGCGGCGCCGCCGGAGCUGCGGGCGCGGCCACUGCGGCUGGGAAUGCCGGCUGCGUCGGAUCGGGUGCAGGAGCCGGCCUGGGGGCCGAUGGGGCGGAAGUCGAGGUGCGAGGAGGAUGGGGGCGGCGGAGGACGGGGAGGCGAGGACGGGCGGAGCAGGCGGGACCGGGCACCGGGCGGUGCAGCUGCAGGGGCACAGCGUCGCGGUGGCGGCGACGGCGACGGCGAUGGUGGGAGGGACGGGACGCAAGGCAAGGGAUUGGCAGCGGCCGCGGACGGAUCCGGGCCCGAAGGAGAGGGCUAUGCGGCCCUUCGGCGGCUGAACCGAGAGCUGCGGCGCGGCGGCGUGGAAGCUCGGUUUCUAGCCACAGAGUUGUUUGUGGAGUGGAGGUAGCUGAGAAGGUUCACAUCGCAAAGGUGGCGUUUUGGGCAAGUGGAUAAGUUAGUCAAGGAUGGCUUUGUCGCACGCUGGUAGCCACAUGGAACGCAGUGCCGUAGUUGGCGUUAUGCUGCAAGGUCGUGGGCGCGGCUGCGGUCUGCACUGGGGAGUGGCAAGGUUGGAUGCAGAGUUUGCAAGAUGGGAGCAGCCGGGUGGUGUUGUGGCGUGGUGCGAGCAGGCUGGCGCAGCCCAGGGCGGCAAGCCAAGAAUGCAGGGCUCAGGCCACAGGCGAUUGCAGGAACGGCGACACGAUGAUAUGUAUUGAGUUGGCGCACAUGUGUGUGUGUGUGUGUGUGUGUGUGUGUGUGUGUGUGUGUGUGUGUGUGUGUGUGUGUGUGUGUGUGUGUGUGUGUGUGUGUGUGUGUGUGUGUGUGUGUGUGUGGUUGGCGGGAUGGCUACUUAGUACUUUCCGUAUCACGCGAUGGUGAGGGUGUGCGAUGGGACAGUGUCAAGGCAGGUUGGUGAAGUCCCGUGUGCAGCUGAUCCCCAAACCCCAGCAGAUGGCAAACAAUUGAUCAUGGUGAGGGACGGGAUGAGUCGGCUGUUGUAUGUCUGCAUUGCAGUUGGAGGCUUUUCGUCUCCCAGCUUGUACCACUUAUUGACUCC